AUGUAUUCUCAGAGACCCUCAUGGCUCGAAGUAUGUUGUAAUGACGUAAGGCCGACCCCUACGCUCUUUGCAUGGAACCUGUCAAACCUUGCUUCUUACCAUGAUUCUGACCCUUCAACCUCGUCUGCUUCUGGUGAUUCCGACCAGCGGAUCUACGUCCUGGGAGUAGGUAACUUAGGCCGCCUCUUCGCAAGUUCACUGGCCCAAGCGCCUGACAGACCCCCAAUCACAUUGGUUGUUCACAGAAAGGAGCUCCUGGAGCAAUGGAUCGAGAGUGAUGGCAUUGAAAUUUUGCGCCAGGACAAGCUGGAGAAGAACAAAAACUUCGAUAUUGAAUGGUGGGCGGAGAAUGAGCCGGAUUUCGGCCCAGUGCGAGAGGUCGCCGAUGGCGAAAAGCUAAAGAACCUCAUCGUCUUGACCAAGGCUUCAGCUGCCCUGCCACAGGUUGACCGAGUUCGAGGAUACCUGGACCGAAACAGCACUGUGUUAUUCGCUCAAAACGGAAUGUCGAAAUUGUGGCCUCCUCAUGGAUCCUUAUACGUUUCCCAUCGCUAUCAUAGCAGCCAUGAGCCCAACUUUUUAGCUUGCGUUACAACCCAUGGAGUGACAUCCCAGGGGACAUUCAGAAGCUUUCAUGCCUCCCAAGCUGAUGUUGUCGUCGGAGCGGUUCUCCCGAACUCCAUUUCGCUUGGGAAGACAGCAUACUUAGUCAAGCAGCUACUAGAAGCCCCUCACCUAGAGGCUAGGUCUGUGCCUAGAGGGGAGCUUUGGAUUCUGCAAUUGGAAAAGCUCGUCGUUAACGCGGUAAUCAACCCUUUGACAGCUAUACUGGGUUGCAAAAAUGGAGCUCUAUUCACUGAAUCAGAUGGAGUUCUCGCACGAGUCAUUGACCAGCUUCUAAGCGAAGCAAGUCAAGUGCUCCAACUUCUGGUGGCCCACGAGAGCAGCGCAGAAAUCAUUGGACGGCAAGAAGGACGUCUACCAGGCGAGCCUGAGACGGCCAUCGAUCUCUCCCCCAAGAGCCUGCAGGAAAGAUUCUCACAUUCUCAGCUGAAGGACAUGAUCUAUCGAGUGGGUCACAAAGUUAGGGAGAACACAAGCUCCAUGCUGCAAGACGUGCGUGCCGGCAGAUCAACCGAGAUCAGGGACUUCAACGGCUGGCUAGUUGAGAUGGCAGCGUUCCUAGACCCGGGACUAGAGGUUACGGGCCACGGCACCUUGGUCGAGCUGGUGGAGGCUGGCAGAACCCUAGAUGUGGAUCAACUUGGAAGUUGCUUCAACGGUUCCGAGACAGAUGCAGGAAAAUGA